UAAAAAUGAAGCCGAAAGAAGAAAGCACCCCUAAGUAUCCUGAUCCUGGCUAUGAAAUGUACUCUAACUUCAGGAAUAAUAACCAAAAAACUGAGAAAAACAAAGAAGAGAGAAAGAGGCUAAAAGUCUUUUCAAAUUUAUCUUCUGUACCCCCUCUUUCCAAAAAGAUUGACCAGAGGGUUAUAACUAAAGAAAUUAGUAAGGAAAAUAACCGUGAUCCAGAGACUAGAUUUAAGCAAGAAUUUGCUUUAGAAGGGUUCGAGGAUGAUGCCAAUAGCCAUCAGCAAUAUAAUUACCAGGAUUCCAAUAUUUGUCAGCAAGAUACUAUAGGAAGAAUUAGACAUGAAAACUCAGUUGGCCAAUCUUUGCCUAGUUUUAGCUCUGAGUUUGAUCGUGCAAGGCAGAUAACCCAAAAGGAAAAGACUUCUGAAGUGUUGAACAAGUCAUUUAAUGAUGUCAAUAUGGGAGCGAGCAGCUUCCUUGCAUCUUCCCCUAAUGAUGCAUCUAUGCAGUUCGGGCUAAAUCAAAGUCACAAUGCGAAUGUAUUUGAACAAAGAGAUAUGAGUCAAGACACUAAAGCUUUUAGUAGUCUUCCUAGAAGUAAUCCUGGUAUAAAAUCACUCAAAGAUAAUUCUAGAAGAGGAAGAAGGGAAUUCUUUCCAUCUAAUAGGCUGAACAGAGGCGGUAUGACCUUUGGAAAGAAAUCAGGAAAUAAAAACUCCUCUGAAAGCGACAGGACCCCUGAUAGAAAGAAGCCAGCCCAAUGGGGAUUGAAAGUCGAUAAGAUAAACCCUUCUGUAGGUAAAAUUAGAAAGCCUGAUUUCUUGAAAAAGCCUUCUCGCGAGAUCAUGAUUAGUGGAGUCAGUUCCAGGGAGCUCUCCUGAUAUCUAUAUAAUCAGCUUCAGAAGAUUGGAGAAAUCAUAGAGCCUAAGAUGAAAUGGAAUAGUAAUGGCCAAAUGAACGUUAAAUUUGUUCACCCAGAGAGUGCAAAGAAAGCAAUAGAAUUAUUUGACGGAACUUAUGUCUGAGGAUCAAAGCUAAAAGUUACCCAAAUAUUGCAGUUAAAUACUUCUUUCAAACCCAAGCUUGGGAGAUUUUUAAACAACGCAAAGCUCCUUCCUCUGAUAAAGGAGAAUGAGGAGUCUAGCGACGGUGAGAAGGUUUCAAGCUCUGAAAAUGAUAAGUACUCUCCAAACUCUAUAAUUGAGAAUGAAGUGGACACUCUUGAGUAUAUAAAGAAGAAUAUUACAGACCUGAUUGAUACAGAAGACCCUCAAGAGAAUGUAGAAGCUCAAGAAAAAGCUAAUAACGGCAAUAAAACCAACUCUUCUAAUAUGGGGUUGGAUUAUAGCCAUCAAGCGAAGGAAAAUUGGGAAGAUGACCAAAGAUACUACGAACAAGAGGAUUUUGCUGAUAAUAGUCAGGGAAGAAAUCAGAUCAAUGGUCAAUUAUAUCAGAGUGUCAGCUCUUCAUCUGGAGGAAUAGGUGAAAAUAACAUAUCAACAUCAGAGGAUGCAAAACGCAUUGGGUAUUUCAACAGGACUCAAUCUGUGCCUAUGUUCAACCCUAUUGGUAGUGGAAUUAGUUCACUUAUGAAUAAUUCUUACGAGAGUUGAGGUAGAGCAGAAGACAAUGAAAUGCAAAGGUCUUCAAGAUCUUACUUUUCAAGAAGCUCAUUAGAAUCAAACCUAAUGUAUCAGUCAGCAUGCGAGAGAACAUUUGCUUCAUCAGGAGGAAUGAUGGACCAUAAUAACUCAGGAAUGCAGCAGGAUUUACAGCAGCAAAUGCAUUCAUCGUUUGAUCUAAGAGAUGAUCCUUUAAACCAAUAUAACACUCUGACACCAAGACUUGCAAGCAAUUAUAGCUUCAUAUCAGGUCAAAACUAUCCUCAUGGAACCCAAUUUUGAGACCUAAACCAGUUUUCCGGCACUUGGACUGAGCCUUACCAUCCGCUCCAAUAUAAUCCGCAGAUCGGAAUGAGUACUAGUUACAGCCAGGCCAGUCUGUACCACCAAAAAUCAAUCUCAAAUCUUGGUGAAAAGGAUCAGCAGCUGAGCUUCGAGUCCUCAUCAAUAAGGAACCAAAAGAAUAGAAAGUGGCUGAAUAACAAGUUUCGCCCCAACAAGAAAAUUCAGUCUGUCCAUGAGAAGGAUGACAGCAAAUAUAUGGUCAAAAUCAGUGACAUCAUUGAUAGGAGAGAUACCAGGACUACACUUAUGAUCAAAAAUAUUCCCAACAAAUACAGUAUCAAGCAGCUGUUGUUCGAAAUUAACCAGAACAAUAAGGAAAGGUUCAACUUUCUCUACGUGCCCAUUGAUGUUCAGAAUAAUUGUAAUGUAGGCUAUGCCUUCAUCAAUUUCCUUGACUCCGCUUAUAUCCUCGAUUUCUACCAAGAGUACAAUGAUAAAGGUUGGGACUCUUAUAACAGUGAGAAGGUGUGCCAGAUCAGGUAUGGCCGCAUCCAAGGCAGAAAGAAGCUCAUCAGCCACUUUGAAAACACCAAAGUUAUUAAGAACAAGGAUAGGAAUGUCAAACCCUGGAUCUCAAACAAAGAAGAAGUUAACACUAAAGAAAUCGACCAGAUUUUGGAAAGAUAUAAGAAGAAAAGAGCUAAAGAUAGAGCUGAUAAACUCAGAGAUAAAUUUCAUGGAAAUGACGUACCCAAUGAAAAUGCUAAAGAAGAAAUCCCUAAAAAGACUAAAGAUUUUGAUAAGAAGAAAAUUCUUACUAAGUUAUUAGAAAAGACAGGAAAUGAGAAAAAUGAUAGGACUAAGGCACCUAAUAAUGUAUCUAGCAAAUGGAAUAGUCAAAAGCCAGCCAAUGCAAAUCUAAAACUUGACCAGGUAGCUAUCGGUGAAGAAAACCAAAGUCCAAAAGACAGAUCAAAAUAAACCAAUGAUCAAGAGUUUCAGAGUAAAUCUCAAGAACAUUGGAAAGAAAUCUCAGGAGAGUUAAUAUUAUUUUUAAUAAUAU